AUGAGGCGGGGUCGUUCAAGCUCCGGAUCGCCCUAUAGGGCGCUGGCUCAUCACCAGAACAACGCGGCAGCAGCAGCAUCGUCUGACUCUAUCUCGUUAAUUCGAUCUUUCAAUGUCGAGACGAAUCCCACGCGGCCAGUGCGGCCUUCGCCGCUCACAGCAUCACUUAUUCGAGAUAUGCCACUGGACUUGGUCGACCGCAUUAGAUCCUUCCCUCUUUUCAUGUCUGCCCCUGAGGAGUUUCUAGUUGCUAUCGGAAACCACCUGAAGCCUCAAAUUCAGAGUCCCAACGACCAUAUAGUGACCGAAGGAGACGAGGCCAAGGCAAUGUACUGGCUGGUGCGAGGUGUUGUUGCUGUGACUUCGCGAGACGGAGAGGCGGUCUAUGCUGAGCUCAACCCUGGAUCAUUCUUUGGUGAAAUUGGUGUUUUGAUGAGCAUGCCACGUACGGCCACCAUUGUUGCACGCACGAAAUGCCUUCUGCUGGUUUUAAAGAAAGAGGAUCUGCAUGCCGUGAUACCCAGAUUUCCAGACAUGGAAAAGGCAAUUCGAGAAGAGGCACAAGAGCGCCUAAAUCUUCUCAAGAAAAAACGACAAGAGGGUGGAAGGCUGACCAAGUCACCCCCUCAUGGAGAUUUUACUGCUCGAGAGGCGGUACCUGGUGAAGUCUCUACCGGGGAAAGCGGUGUCAUCAAAGAUGGUACUGUGGUUAACAACAAGAAGAGGAAAUCGCCAAGCCCAGGUAUCAUGGAAGACCCAACUGCUGGUAGUGCUAUUGGGAGUGGUCAAAUCAACAUUCGAACCACACUCAAAGAGCUUCCACUUUUCUCCACCCUUCCCGCAGAUAUACUGCACUUUCUGGGACUCAGUGUCCAACCCAAAUCGUAUACCCCCUUCACAGACAUUGUCCGUCAAGGCUUACCAGGUAACGAAAUAUUUUUCAUCGUCCGUGGAGAAGCUGAGGUGAUACACGACGAACCGGUUUACGAUAGCAACGUUCAAAAUAAGGCUUUGGCUAUUCCGAAACGGCCGCGGUUGAAGGCAGGCCAAUACUUUGGAGAAGUGGCAAGUUUAGGUUUGUCCCGUGGCCGAACAGCUACUGUACGGUCCAUCACCUCUGUCGAGUGUAUCAUGAUCACGGGAGACGUCCUCGACGAGUUUUGGAGGCGCUGCCCUUCAGAUAUCUUGACACAGGUCAAAGAGACUGCGCGAUCACGUUACAUUAAGCAGAGCGACGAUGUUGACAUGAUCGAUGUCGAUGGCAGGGAAAAGGCCAACAAAUCCGACCCAACGACUCCUACGGCAUCGAUGAGAGCAUCACUCCCCAACCUUACAUUCACUACUCCGUCUAAACCAGGAUCUCCUUCUAAAGAGGACACUGUCAAUGUAGCGCCCAAAGAUCCCGACCCGUUCCUGAGCGUCAACAUGGAGAACAUCAGAAACCGAAGGCGCCAUUCUUUGGCUCCCCCGAUACCUCCCACAGAUAGUUCCGCUACUAAUACAAAUGGCGUAAGAUCUCGUUUGUCAGAGGUGACGCCCAUCAAAUUUGCAUUCUCGGAGACGCCAUCCGACGACGAUGACGUUCCGGCCAAACGAGUUCGAACUACGCUGCCCACGAGGCCCAUCACCAUGAGCAAACCGGUGUUGUCGGACGAGAUCUUGAUAUACAUCUUUAAGCACGUGGAUAUUGGAGAACUCUUUCAGCUGCGCUUGGUUAGCACGCAUUGGCGCAAACUUCUAACGACAUCACCCAGAGUCUGUCAAGACGUUGACCUCUCGAUUUACAAUCGCAGAAUCACCGAUGAAGUUCUGAUUAAAGUGCUAGCUCCUUUUAUUGGCACUCGUGCUUUAUCCAUUGACCUGAGCAACUGCUUUCAUGUAACCGAUGAAGGAUUCGGCGCUUUGUGGCGUAGCUGCGGCAAGAACGUCAAGACCUGGAAGAUGAAGUCUGUUUGGGACGUCUCAGCCAAUCAAAUUCUGGAGAUGAGUGAGAAUGCCAAGGGUUUAGAGGAGGUGGAUUGGAGUAACUGCCGUAAAGUCGGCGAUAACUUGUUGGGUCGUGUUGUUGGUUGGGUCGUACCUGAUCCUCCGCCCUCCAAAUCCGUUGUUAUCUCCAGCUCCACAGCUCGUUCACGAACCAAGCAGCAGCAACAGCAGCAACAGCAACAGAAGCAUGCACCGCAAAACGUCCUUCCACCCGGAACGGUGGUAGGAUGUCCGAAGCUGAGACGCCUCAACCUCUCCUACUGCAAGCAUAUUACAGAUCGUUCCAUGGCCCACCUUGCGGCGCACGCCUCGAACCGUAUUGAGUGGUUAUCCCUUACACGCUGUACAUCGAUUACAGAUGCCGGGUUCCAAUCGUGGGCGCCUUUCCGGUUCGAGAAGCUUUCUCGACUGUGCUUGGCAGACUGUACAUAUCUAUCGGACAAUGCCGUUGUUGCUUUGGUGAACUCGGCCAAAAACCUUACACACCUGGAUCUAUCGUUCUGUUGUGCACUCUCUGACACAGCAACAGAGGUUGUUGCCCUCCGACUACCCAAACUGAAAGAGCUACGACUGGCAUUUUGUGGAAGCGCAGUCAGUGAUGGAAGUCUAGAGAGCGUGGCACUUCACUUGAACGACCUGGAAGCUCUGAGUGUGCGCGGUUGUGUUCGUGUCACAGGACGAGGAGUUGAGAAUGUUCUGAACGGCUGUGGACGACUCAAUUGGGUGGAUGUUAGUCAAUGCCGGAACCUGGAGCCAUGGAUUAGAGCUGGUGGUGUGGCGAACUGGGGUUUCGAUGCUCGAGUCGGCCAACGCCCUGCAGAAUUGACGCCAGGUGAAACUUGUGGAUCGGGAGAGGGUGAAGACGACGCACCAGCGCCAAAAGCCAUGAGUGUUGCUAUGCUCACUUCGCAAAACUUUAUGCCACGCUCGGCAUUUGGGUACAGGUCCAAGAGAGCAAGGCGCCCCGGCCCUGCGCGUUUUGCGCAGAGGCUUCCUGAGCUCUCAAAGACUGCUUUCCGCAACUCCGCAUCCGCCCGAGGCUUCCACGUCCAGGCCAAACCCACAGCCAACUUCUUCACCUCGCGCAUUACAUCAGCCGCCACCCGCAAUGCCUUCCAACGAACGAGUCGCGCCGGCGGCCGCUCUUACCACCAAGGACCCCCUACUGGCGUCGCAACAGCCCCUCAGUCUACCAGCCGACGACUCUUGGUCGGAGGUGCCAUCUUUGGUGGUACCCUUGUCGCCAUUAACGCUGUCUUCAACCGGGAGACCCGUGAGGAUGGUGGCAUGCCUGUCUACGAGCGCGAAUACCUGAACAACACCUUCUUGCACACUGGUCUCGGAAUUGGUAUCAUUGGAUUGACGGCUCGACAAAUGGUUCAGACUGGCUUUGUGUACCGAAUUAUGGUUACCAACCCUUGGGUUGUUGGCAUUGGUGGUCUUGCUCUCAGCUUUGCUACCAUGAUUGGAACUCGAUCUAUCAGCCCUGACAACUAUAUCCCCAAGUACGCUCUCUGGACUGCCUUCAACGCCACCCAGGCUGCCUUUGUCGCCCCUCUUCUCGCCUUCGUCCCUCCCGUUCUUCUGGGCCGUGCUGGUCUCUACACCAUUGCCAUGAUGGGUGGUCUUGCUAUCGUCGGUGCCACUGCUAAGCAGGAGAAGUACCUAUACAUUGGUGGUCCUCUUCUUGCUGGUGCCGCUAUCGUUGCUGCGUCCGGUCUUGCUCCUCUCAUCAUCCCUGCCACUGCUGUCCGAACUCUUGCUUUCACCGAGAACCUCUGGUUGUACGGUGGUCUCGCUGUUUUCGGUGGUUUCACGCUUUAUGAUGUACAGAAGGUUCUGCACCACGCCCGUCUCGCUCAGGCUGGUGUCAUGCGCCGUGACCCUGUCAACGAGAGUAUCUCUCUUGAGCUAGACUUCCUCAACAUCUUCAUCCGCAUGGUCCAGAUCCUCAUGAUGCAGCAGAACCGCCGCAAGUAA